AUGAUCAUGGAUGGUGUCGAGAACGAAUUCCAGUCCUUCAGUGGUUGCGACUGCCUCCUGGGCUGUAGUGUCCAUACCUGCCCGGGGUCUGCUACGACCUUCUACGGUCUCGUCUCAGGUGGAAUAAGUGGACAGGCUCCUUGGCUCCAUGCAUCUGCAGCUGAGUGGUUUGAGACUUGGGGCCAAUGCGAGCGAAUCACGGACAAUAUCUGGCUCGUGAGAAAACGCAACCAGCUCGUUGGUGAUGCAAGGAGGCUCAAGGCUCAAAAUCCGUCGACAGGAUGGAAGAAAACCGGUAACCUGUGGCAAGGGCCUACCAUCACCUUUGACCGUCAGGUGGUGGCAUGCUGA